AUGCCCUUCUAUCUAGUUUUUACUCAAUGACAAUAUAGUUGUGAAUGUAUGCUUUACAAAAUGUAUGAAGUAGGAAAUUGUUACGAUUAGGUUAUAUUUAAAGUAUCUAUCUUUCAAAUAAAUGAUGAUAUAUUAUAAUUAGUUGCAAUAGUGUUUAAUAUUGUGACAGAUGUAAUUAUAACAUGCGACAAUGAAGAAAUUCAACGAAUUAUUCACGAUUUGUUUCUUAUUGCAUUAUUUCUAUAGCGUUUGUAUAACUCAUUUGCUCAUAAAUGUCAAAAAUCAGGGUGGUGAUAUUUUGUUAGAAACGAUUUCUUCCAAUGUUACUGAAGAUGUUAUUACCUUAGAAUUUCAAUGUUCAGAUGGCACAUUGGUAACACAACUUAUUGAUUUCAAAAAUGAAGUGCAAAUAAUAAAAGCUUUAGUUUUGGGUGAAGAAGAACGUGGUCAGAAUCAAUAUCAAGUUUUGUGUUUUGUUAAUCAUUUUUUUAAAGUGGAUUUCAUAUCUUCUGAUGCAAUGUCUAAACUAAGGCAAAAAAAUCCAGGCACUGUACGUGUUGCAGAAGAAGAUAAAGGUCAUGUAAAUUAUACUAUGGACUUAUUCUUAGAUGUAUCUGAAUCUAAAGAUAUCUCUAAGCACAUUGCAACUCUUUGUGGAGAAGCAGCUGGAUCUGCUUAUACUAGAAAUGAAGAUAUAAAACAAUGGAUUCAAAGGCCUGGUUCAUCUGAACUUUCAUUGAUGGCAGCUGUAUAUAACUUCAGCACAAAUUCUUUGACACAACAAGGUACAAAUGAUUCAAGAUCUUUAUUUGUAACAAGAUGUGCAGAUACAUCAAAUAUGUGGGCACCUUGUACAUGUUCGUUAGAGUUAUGUAUUGGAUGGUAUCCAUGUGGUUUAAAAUUUUGCAAAGGCAAAAGUGAUGGUAAAAAAGCAGCUACUCCAUAUAAAUGUGGCAUUAAAACAUGUAAAAAAUGUUUUAUAUUCUCAUAUUAUUCUAAGAUGAAGCAGAAUUGUUUAUGGGAUGAAUGACAUAUAAGAACACUAUAGAUAUAUAGAUCUGCUCUGUUUAUUGAUGAAGUUUCUGAUGCCAUGUAUAGUUCUCUACUUGUAGUAAAUACUAAUAUGAGAUGAACAAAUCAAUUUAAAUAGACAAGUAUUAAUAUUAUAUUUGCAGAACUUGUCAAUAUCAUUGAUGCUUUUAAAGUGCCAGUGUUUUUCUAUACAGAUGCACGAUGGAUAUCGGCGAUUCCAUUAAUUACGAAAACAGAGUGAAAAAAAUCCUUGGUACAUGUACUAGAGUGUCAACAGACUUUUAGAUUAGAUGGAUUCUUACUUUUAUAGAUUGUACUGAAUGGAUGCAUUUGUAACACUAAUAUUUGUAUUUUAUUAAAAUAACGAAUUAAGAGCUUUAUAAAAAAAAAAAAAAAAUAAAA